CUUAGGCCACCUACCUCUAUAUAUAAACAUGGCCAUACGUUGAGCAGUCAAACAACAUCAAUCUCGCAUCCAUGGCGCUUCUCAAGAGUCAAGAUAAUAGGGCUCUCUUCUUGUUGGCGAUGGUGGUCGUGGCCAUGGCCAUCGUGUUGGCACCCUGCCCUGCGCACGGAGGAGACGAUGAGAGGUGCACGCAUAUGCCGGGGUGCAACAUCAGCCGUUGCCGGAGCCAGUGCAAGCAGUGGGGGUACGCCAACCCUGUGAUAAACUGCUGGAACACGCCACCGAACACGGAGUUGGACACAUGCUGCUGCUUCAGUAACGCUGCAAGAAAAUUGGCUUGAUUUUUAGCGCUAGCUGUCAACUCCAUGUGUGCUGGAGCUUGUUGACUGAUCGCGAUCCAAAUGUAUCAGAAUAAAAUUUGAAUGGAAAUCCUUGUUUUAAAGUUCCGAAUAUAAUUGCCUCGAGCUCUG